AAGAAAUAGCCAACCUGUGGCUAUUGAGAAUCUAUUUAUAAUGGGAAAGAAAAAAAGGAAGGAACUCAAGCCAUGGUGCUGGUAUUGUGAUCGCGAAUUUGAGGAUGAAAAGGUGCUUAUUAACCAUCAAAAAGCCAAGCAUUUCAAGUGCGAUCUCUGCACAAAAAGACUAAAUACCGCUGGUGGGAUGGUAAUUCAUGGUCAACAAGUGCACAAGGAGGUUUUUAAAAAAGUUGCGAAUGCGCUUCCAGGACGAGACUCGGUUGCAAUCGAGAUAUUUGGUAUGGAAGGAGUGCCUGAAGCAGAUCUGCAAGCCCAUAUUGCAGAGGUAGAAGUGCACAGUGAGCAACAGACAAAGCGUACAAAGGUUGACAUGGUAGUAGAUCAGGAUGCAUUAACAAGGCAACUGGAAGAAUUUAGGCAGAAACAGCAAGCAUCGCAAGUCAUGGUACAUGGUGGAGUAUCUGGUGGGAUGAUGUCUCAUGGUAUGCAAGCAGGAAUGAUGCCAGGCAUGCCUCCUGAAAUAGCUCAUGGAAUGAGACCUCAGCAGCAUAAUAUGGUCCACCAUGUGCCUCCUAAUCUACAGAUGCAACCUGGUAUGCCACAACUACUCCCUCCAGGAAUGCCGCCAAAUAUGCCUCCAGGAAUGCAUCUAAGAGCUCCUCACGGUAUGCCGCCCAGGAUGCCACCAGGCAUGUUUAAUCCAAAUGGAAUGCCACCUAAUUUUCCUGCAAGUAUGCCUUUUCCACAAGGUCGAGGACCAUCACAGUAUCCUGGCGGUCCACCAUUUAUGCCAUUUGGGAGCAAUGUAAUGCCACUACCGUGGCCCCCUAUGGCUGGAAUGCCUCAAGGAAUGCCUAUGCCCGGUAUGCCUCAAGGUAUGCCUCAAGGAAUGCCUAUGCAACCUUUUCCAGGUGGUUUGCCUCCACCACCACAACAGUUUAGUGGUGCAUACUCAAGCGGCAUUACACACUCUGUAUCCAAUGCACCAACUGUAGGAUCAAUGUCCAACGCACCGCCAAAUAAACUUUCCGAUUUUUCUAGUGCUGCUCCUCCGUCAGGAGCUCUUGGACAAGUCACGGCUCCUUUGCAGCAAGCGCUUGCUGUCUCUACUGGAAAUAUGACGUUUGAUGGCAAUACUCUUGCAGAUACAACAUCAGCAGCAUCGAUCUCAACACUAGUCACACCCCUCAAUCCUGUCCCUGCCGUGGCUUCAACUCAGGCACCUAAAAAGGCUACAGACAAGCCGACUCGUCUCGUGUAUGUGGAUACAGUGUCAUUGGAGGAACGCAGAGCAUUGCUCACCAAGCAUCGAUACGAUGAUACAGAAGGAGGGCAUUAAUAAAAACAAUACUGGAUCAAGU